AUUCGUUAGCUCAAAAGUCAAAGCGCGUCCGCGUCGUAAAAUCUACUAUAUUCAAUCCCGUUCCAAGUGGCCGUUUUUCUGUUAUUUUAUGUAGACGUUGUCCGGUGUUUAUUGUUUUGUUUUUUUGUUGCUGACAAAACGCUUUACCUGUCGUAACCCCCGAGCCGAAACAAGGGAGCAAGCCUCCUGUCGCCAGUUUGUGUUGCCUGUAAAUUUUGACUCACGGCCCCGUGUGCUUUCGGAAAAGAGGUCGAAAGUCAGCGGGAAAUCCUCGGUCUAGCGCUUCUGUCCGACAGCCGCGCCAUAAAUCUUCAAGUGAGACGCGAGGCUUCGCGGAAAAUUUUAAGUGAAGCGAGAAAAAUCAACUUCUGCACAGUCGCCGCGAAAUAAGGAGCGAUCGCCUGUGGUGCUGAACGCUGCAAGUGUGUAAAAUUCAACCGGCUCAGCUGCGCUUCAGCGACCAGGCCCGCUUUUAGUGUUCCCCCUAAAUCAAUACGGAGUUUGCGGCAGGAACGUGAAAGAAGGGACACGUAUACCCUCGAAGCCCAUACCCGGCGGCAUAUUGUUACCCAUCCGGGUUAUGCUUACAAAGAAACAUCAGCGGUGGCCGCGUAACUUAGGCGCGUUCCUGUGUUAUCGUCGGGUCUCGUGCGGGCCAUCUUAGUGCGUGCAUCAUAAGAAAUACGGUGGUCGGCAGGUGCUCAAACUAGGAUCUUGCCGUCUAUGCGUAACCGACCCAGGCACAAUCUUAUUGUUUCGCUUGAAGAACUUUUAAUCUAAUCACUACGUUGCGAAUCGCUUUGGUCCGUCGCCUCUUGUGGACGCGAACGGGUUUUCAGUACAAUAUAUUUCUCAGGUAGUAUCCCCGGUAAUAGAAAACAAGGAAAAACGGAGAUUGUAUUGUCAUAACCCCAAAACGUGCGAAGAGUCAGUCGAGGAAAACCUUGUGAGGGAUCUGUGCGCGCUGUGGUUACGCUGGAAGGAAAGGGAUAGACAACGGUCGGAACAAUCGAACAGAAGCCAAACAAGGGAGAGCGACAACACAGCACACAACACUGCAAUAUAUAAACAUAAAGAGCAGGCAGGCCGCCAUUGCUCAAGUGUAUUGAAGCGUCCGUACGUAACUGGCGAGCAUUCCUAGUGAUAUAUAUACACAUAAGGUGCUCUACAUAAGCAACUGCGUGCGUACGAUCCGGCAUCUACAAAACUGAGAGUCGAAGUAAAUUUUUCAAAAUGGCCUCUGUUAAAGAUACAGCAUCGUUUUUCGCUUACGGGAAUUCCAAGCAAUUUGACUACUGCCUGAAACUAUAUCCGGAAGUUCUGAAACUGAAGGCCGAGAAACGUUGUAAAAAGCCAGAGGAAUUAAUACGCUUAGACGACUGGUAUCAAAAUGAACUGCCCAGAAGAAUUAAACAGCGAGGAAAGGAUGCACACAUGGUACAUGAGGAGCUUGUGCAAACGAUGAAAUGGAAACAAUCACGGGGAAAAUUCUAUCCUCAACUUUCAUAUUUGGUUAAAGUCAAUACGCCACGUGCUGUUAUGCAAGAAACAAAAAAGGCGUUCAGAAAACUACCGAAUUUAGAACAAGCAAUAACAGCAUUAUCAAAUCUAAAGGGUGUUGGAACAACAAUGGCAUCGGCGUUAUUGGCAGCUGCAGCACCGGAUAGUGCACCAUUUAUGGCAGAUGAAUGCUUAAUGGCUAUACCGGAAAUUGAGGGUAUCGAUUAUACAACAAAAGAAUAUUUGAAUUUUGUACAGCAUAUUCAGUCUACCGUUGAACGUCUCAAUUCGGAAAAGGAUAGUGUUACGUCAUGGUCACCGCAUCGUGUGGAGUUAGCUUUAUGGACACAUUUCGUGGCUUCCGAUUUAAAACCAGAAUUGCUGGAAAAUUUACCGCCAGGCUCGCAUCAUCCAGCGUUAGGUUUUGGGGGUGGAACUGGUACCAUUAACAAUAGUACGACAAACGGAGUUAACGACGCUGACCAAGAUGAUUAUGGCGAUGUACCCGCUAAUACACUCACACCGCCACCAACUAAUGACUCUACAAUAACGGCGGCCAACGUAAACAAUGAUGCAGAAACAGAAGCAACACAAAAUACGAAUUCGUCUUCAUCAUCAUCGUCUACUACGUCAUCGUCUUCAUCAUUAUCACCAAAAUCAAAUUCUGCAAAUCGAACAGUUACAUCCACAAGUACCACAACAUCAUCAGGUGUAGCAACAGCUACCGAUUCAUUACCAUUGGAGAUAUCCGAUGAAAGCAAUCUGGAACCUCCAGCGUCGAACGGUAAUAAUGGAAAUGGUGCAUUGGACAGUUUAGAUGAAAGUACACGAUCGGAAGACAGUCUGGAGAAGCCAGCAACUCCGGCAACCAUUGCCAAUGACGAGACGAUUGACAGUGAUUCAGUGAGCAGCACUAAACGGUCAUUGGAUUGCGAUAGUUACGAAGAUCCAAAUGAGUGCAGCCAGCCAGAGAUGAAGAAGGUACGAAGUAAUUGAUAGAAAAGAAAGCAAAAAAAUAUUAAAGACACAAGUAGUUGAAAUAAAAAAAAUAAAGUAUGAAAAAGAAAUAAUAAUUACAUUAUAAAGAGCAGUAUAAUGAAAGCAUGUGUUUAACGAUUAAGAAUGUGAAAUUCAGAUUUAAGGAUAAAUUUACAGAAGGUCUACCUAAAUUCUCAGCAACUACAUGAUUAACAUAACAAUACAUAUAAACAUUUAGAGGCAAGAAAACAAAGAAUAAUACCGGGAGAAUAGAGAUUAGCUGUGUGCGCUGUAACUUCCACAUAACAAUGUGCUGGAAACAAGAACGCUUCUAGUUACAAUGAGGACGUAGGGAAAGAUUCAUGAAUCCUUCUCGUGAGGACACUAUCGUAACACGAAGUAAUUUGAUCGCUGAUAAUGGGUUGAGACCUAUGCAUUAUCACAAAAGAUGUGGGGAGUAGGAUGGAAAUGUAAGGCAUGAAAUUCAAACAAACCUUUUAUUGUCUCGAGGUUGCGAUCGUCGAGGAAAGACAAAAUGAAAGGCAGAAAAUUAAAUCAUUCGGUUGGAAAGACUAGUUUUAAGAAGAAAAAGGUAUAUAUAAUUAAAGUAAUUGUGAAGAUGCAAACUAACUAUGAAGCGGAAGAGAAAAAAGUCGGGAUUGCUAUUUCAGAUGUUAUUUUAAUUUUUUGUCUUCUUUCCCUGCAUUUAAAGUUGUAGAAUUUCCUUCUGUAAUCAUUAGAUAGACUUAUUGCCUACAAAUCAUGUAUUAGACUCGGUUGACUGCCGUUGUUUCAUCUAAGAACGUAAAGGCAUCUCUAGACUGUAAUUCAAAGUGAAACCCGGAGAGGGUCACAUGGAUACACCACAUAACACACCUAGAACAAAAAUCACAUACAAUAAGAGCGAAAUUGGCAUAUGAAUCAAAGAUAGCUCGGGGAAAUGCAUAGAAUAAUUUUAAAAUGAAAUUUACAGCGAAAGAAGGGCAAAUUUAUUUCUAUCAGGAAUAGCCUCCCAGUUAUUUUAGGUAAUAUUUUUUUCUUAAUUUGUAAUUCUUACCUGCGGAUAGACUUUCCAAUUAGUAUCGUCGUCCUAAAAAAAUUUUGUCCCACUUGUAGGGAGAAUAAGGUAAAAAUUUAAACAGUUUGAUAUAGAGACAGGGGGUUGUAACAUAGAUGAUGAAUUUCGCCUCAUUUGAGUCGCAUUUAAAGAUUAUUCUAUCCAAUUUAUGAUUAUGGCUUCGACUAUGGAUGAAGAGUAAAUUAAAUGCCACAUACACUUUGGGAUGAAUACAACCACCCUUCCAGAUAAGUUUAAAGGGGAGUUUAUUUUUAAGAUAACUUUAGUUCUUUGGUUUUUCUUCCUGUUGAUGAAAUACAUAAAUGCAGAGGAUUAUAUGUGAAUCACACAAUUCUUGACCAUUUAGCUCUUACUUGGAACAUUUUAAUUUUCUAUGAACGUUUUUGUAUAUUUAAGUAUAAAGCAAAAAUAUUUAUUGUGUCUUGUAAGUAGAGAAAAAGGAGAAAAUAGUAAGUAAAAAUAUAGAAGAGAUAAUCUAAAGAAAACGAAAGAUAGUCGUUGAAUAUUUUUAUAUGCACUUGGUUCAUGACGGCGAUGGCCGUAGUUUUCUUGACAUUAAAUUACUUGGAAUGCAUAUUUGAAGCUGAACACUGGAUUCCGUGUUAGGCAGCAGAAAUCAUUUAUAGUACAGAUGAGCAUAAAAACCUUCAUAUUUUCUCCACUUUAUUUUGAUUAUCCCAUAUUUAUUGUGCGUUAUGCAUUCCUUAGCGGAGAAGUGAGCUACAUCUGGUUAAAAGUACGAAGAAAAGUGUGUCCACGUCUUCAUGAAACUUGUGUGUCGUAAAGGUAUAUAUAUAUAUAUACAUAUAUAGUGGCGGUAAAAAAGUAGCAGUGCCGACUUCAUGAACUUCCUCUUUUAUAUAAAUUGUAUGCGAUCCCCGACUUCUAAGCGAAAACUUCACGAUACCUUUUACGUCCAAAAGAGAUAAAACCUGUUUUUGGAUCAUAGAUUUUAAUAGUUCUUUUUUUUUUUUGGAGUUGAUUAUAGUUUCAAUCAUUUUAGCUGAACAGGAAAGAAGGCCCUGAAUAUUUUUUUUUGUGUUUUAUCCUCCUUGAUCAGCUUCCUUGUCAAAUUUCCCUUCUCGAGAGUAUAAUGUGGCCCAAGUCCCACUUUUUCAACCAGAAAAUUUGACUUGUUAUCUCUAUUAUCAAAAAUGACCAAACUUACAGUCUGUUAUAAAGAAGGACACUCUGCUAUUAUUUUUACCACACUGAAUGACUCCUUUUUAACAAAUUCAUUUUGACAUAAGUGGGAAGCUAUAUAUGUAGUAUAUAUAUAUUUAUUGGUUUUUAGAGGUACGUUUUCUUUCGAUUCCAUAGGGAAGCGGACACACGAGAGGUUUCGUUCAUCCUUCUCAUAAAAUUCUUAAAUUUAUUAUAUUUUCCAUGUCCAAUGUCAUUUCACGUUUAUCCGAUAUUUUUUUAGUUUUUCCCUUGGCGUUUAUUAUAGUUUUUAUAUUAUUCUAUUUCUAUAUUUAAAUUGCAAAGAACUUUUUUUUAACUUGUGUUAGUUUUUCUUCGUAAUUAAAAAGUAAAGAAAAAGUACGUAUUUUAUAUUUUGUACGCAAACCAGACAAACAACAAAUUAUAUAUAUAAUGCAAAAAAGAAAUUAAGAAGAUACAUACAAAUCCUUUAUAAUUGAAGCGAGUAAAUAAAGAACAGCAGAGAAAAAUUGAAUAAU